AUGGGUUCAGUCUAUGAAAAUCCUGAUAUCGCACUUUCAACAGUUUCUUCAGAUGAAAAAUGCUCUCAACACAGAGGCAACUCCACUGAAGUGAGAGCGAGAGAGAGAGAGAGAGCGAGAGAGAGAGAGAGAGAGAGAGAGAGAGCGAGAGAGCGCGAGAGAGAGCGAGAGAGAGCGAGAGAGGUCACUUUUUUUAAGUGGACUAAAGUUUCUCUGAUUGUUCUGGGUUUCUCUCUUGUGUUCGCUCUCGGAAGUCUCUGCACUCUCGGGGUGAUUUAUUAUCAUAAGCUUGCUGAUUUCAAAUCACUGAAUGAGCAGAACAUCAUGGUUUCAAAGACAGUGGCGGCUCAAGAGAUCAUAGUCACAGCUAUGAAGAAAGAGUUUAAUGAUCUCACAGCCAGAUACGACACACAAAGAGAACGGCUGUCCUUUUACGAAGCUAAGUGUUGUAAUCUCUCUGUGAAUGGAUGGUUAGUUUGUCACGGAAAGCUGUAUUUCUUCAGCUCUGAUGAACUGAACUGGUCGAACAGUCGAGAUGUCUGUGUUUCAAAAGGAGCCGAUCUGGUGACCAUAACCAGCCAAUCAGAACAGGCAAGUCAGAUCAAUUAG